AAAUUGGAUUUAGUCUUCUUCAAAGGGACCGACAGUCAUUCCAGGCCCCGCCCCUCCACCCUGUACGCAGUGACGUCGGUGCACAGCACGACCUGCGCCACUCAGUCCGCCGCAGCAGAAUCUCCAUCAGCCGCUCCAACACGUGAACUCAGCACUGGAAGCGUCUGUCAAACACGACACAAACAGCGUCUUAUCAGUAGAAUAGAUUGGUCCCGCUCAGCAUCAGAUAAUGGAAGCGGCAUUCUCCUCCAGUCAGUGCAGUUAUGAAGAGUAUAAGGAGACAGCAGACUGGCUGCUGGCCCACACAGAGCAGCGUCCUAAAGUAGCCAUCAUCUGUGGUUCAGGCCUGGGCGGUCUGGCUGACCUGAUGGCUGACAAGACUGUGUUCCCGUAUAAGGAUAUUCCACGUUUUCCCACCAGCACUGUGCCGGGCCAUGCCGGCCAGCUGGUGUUCGGGAGGCUGCAGGGCCGUGAGUGUGUCUGCAUGCAGGGGAGAUUCCACUUCUACGAGGGCUACAACAUACACACUGUGACGUACCCAGUGCGAGUCUUCUUCCUGCUGGGUGUGGAAACUCUGAUUGUGACAAACGCAGCGGGGGGACUCAACAGAAGCUACGAUUUGGGAGACAUCAUGCUUAUAAAGGAUCACAUCAACAUGCCAGGCUUUGCAGGGCAGAACCCACUUUGUGGGCACAAUGAUGACAGGUUUGGAGUGCGUUUUCCUUGCAUGUCGGAUGCCUAUGACAUGGAGCUGAGGGCCUUGGCCAAGCAAACAGCAAAGGAGCAGGGCUGCGACAGCUUCCUGCAAGAAGGGGUUUACUGCAUGCUGGCUGGACCGUCAUUUGAGACCAUUGCAGAGUGCAGAGCACUGCAGAUGCUGGGAGCGGAUGCUGUGGGUAUGAGUACUGUGCCAGAGGUGGUGGUGGCUCGUCACUGUGGCUUGCGUGUCUUGGGUCUCUCCCUCAUCACCAACAAGGUUGUGACUGAAUACGACAGCGUUGAGAAGGCAAACCAUGAGGAGGUGCUGAGGACUUCCCAGUACAGAACCCAGGACGUCCAGAGGCUCGUCAGCCACCUCAUUGCCAAGAUCUAGUACCUUCAUCUGAAAUCUGCAGACAAAAAACAUGUCCAGUUUCAUAAUUAUGGCAUUUGUGAACAUUCCUAGCUUUGAGAUAAAAAAAAUGUUUUGGUGCAGAUGGCAAACUGGUCUAGAAUGUGUGGAUAGGUUAUAACUUGUUUGGGUAUUAUGUUGUGUUGUGGUUAACUGGGGGAGUGCGUGAAAUGUUUUUGAGGUAGAGAGUAGAAGAAAGACGUUUUUGAGAAUGUCAGGAAAUGUCCAUGGCAUUUGACUAAUAUUGACUAUUGUCUGUGUCUUUUGCCAUCCAGUGCUAUCAUCACAGCAAUAAUUCUCACAACCGUGGAACCAGUUCCCAUGAAUCACAAUCAUGGAGAACUUAUACAAUAUAUUUCUAACUAGGGGUGUUACGAUUUUAAAUAAAAAUCAGUUGAAAUUAGCUUUUGAUUUUAGUUAUCAAAAUUAAAAACAGGAUUGGCAAUUCAAACAAGAGAACUGCAAAAUCCUCCCACUUCCCUGAAGUCACCGGUGAGGCAACAUUUAGCCUUUACAACAAACCAUAAGGCACAUGGGCUCCAACGGGACUUCAUGGUGCAUUCUGGUGCCCCUCGUUAAACUCACGGUUCAUUUAUUUGCACCUGUUAGCUCUGAGAAAGUCAAACUAUUGUUUGAAAGUACCUUUCUGCUAUCUAGUGGCUCUAACUGUGGCAUUGCCGUCACCCCUGAAAAAAGUUUUAAUUUAAAAUUGAAAUUGGGGGCAAAUAACAAUAAUUAGUGCGGGAUUCCCAAAACAGAAGUAUACGUACACCUGUACCCACACCCAGCAGUGAUGUUAUAGUGUACUGACACAUCUUGGAGUACACUUUACAUCAUUGCUUGGAGCUAAGGAAGUUAAACCACUGGAGGAAAAAAACAAACGUUGGGUUUCUACUUGUGAAUACGGUAAACAAUUCCCAUAUUUAAAAUGACCAUGUUCUCAUAAAUCCCAGAUCAUGAAUUAAUGAAUGCAGUAGGAAUACAGUGGUGGCUGUUGUACAACCCUCAUUGGUAUGUACUAUAGUCCUACCUGCUUUAGUGCUAUACAGCUUACAAAUAGACUGGGACCUCUCUGGUGGCUGAACCUUUAAAUUAAUAUUUAUAAUAGACAAUUGUAUGGUCAGUUUAUGCUGCUCACUACUAGAUUAAGAUGUUUUCUGGAGACACUGUGUACUGUGUGUGUUGGACUUGACAUGUUGGUGGAGGGAUAGAGGAUAAAAGCACAUUACUUCUCUAGCCAGGUUUUAGGAGUGAAUCCACAUAAAAUGAUUAGAGAGAAUAUAUUAAAUAAGUAUUGUGAUCAAAUAGGAUCAACUGGCAACUUUCCUUUAUUUUGUGAUUACUUGUUAUUAACAGUGGUAAACAAUACCACGUUGCUACUGUUUAUUCUUAAGUAGACACAACACUUAUUUUAAUGAUCUAAUGUAUUAUUAAAUGUAUUUAUUGAUUAAAAAAUUUGACAAAAAUGCCAUGUCAAUCCUAA